UGAAAACAAACGCGCUGGAUUCACACCCUUGCAAAUAGUGAGAGUACGUUUGACGUUACAGGUGUUGGAAAACGAGUUCACCGAUAUUUUGCUCUUAGUAGUUUGGACAACCUUCACUCCAGUCAUGCUGAAAGCUGUGGGACAGGCUCUGUUCUCAUCCGGACUGCAGAACCCUAAAUACACAGAAGGAGAGAAGAAAGAGGGACAAGACUAUGAGAUCCGCACAUACCUUGCCACAAACUGGGUGAGCACCACUCUGAGUGAUAUGGAAUGGGACGCGGCCCUCAGCGCAGGCUUCCGCAAGCUCUUCAAAUACAUUCAAGGCAACAAUCAAAACAAGGUGAAAGUGGAGAUGACGGCUCCUGUGUCGUGCCGUGUUGACCCUGGAGCCGGGCCCGCUUGUGAGUCUCAGUUCACCGUGUCCUUCUACAUCCCAGAGGAGCAUCAGGACGCCCCCCCGCAGCCGAGCGACCCCGACGUGUUUGUGGAGCACCGGAAAGAGUUCACAGCUUAUGUCAGGACAUAUGGGGGUUUCUCCAAUGAGAAAAUUAAGCGUGAAGAGCUUCUGAAACUUAUUGAGAGCCUGAAGAGGGACGCAGUUCAAUACGUCGACCAUCCCUUCUACGUAGCCGGGUAUGACAGUCCCUUCAAACUCACCCACCGCAGGAACGAGGUGUGGAUCCUGAAGAAGGAGCAGGAAUAAUACGUUUAAUGUUUACACUAAGCUCUGACCACUACAAGCUUUAAAUAACCAUAUCAUGGAAGAACAGAAAAUACAUGAGGGAAAAAAUAUACCUAUUAUGUAUGUGUAUGUGGAACAAAAUGGAAGGUCAUACUAACAAAAUACUUUUUGUAUAUUAUUAUUAUUAUUAUUAUAUUAAUUUGUCUGAUUGUGUGUUGUGCUUUAUUUCCUUUGACUAAAAGUUACUGAAUUGUACACUUACUGAUGGUCUUGACAAAGAGUCCUAACAAAUGAUUACAAUAGCAUUUAAAAAAAAAAAAAAAAAAAAAAAAAAAAAAAAAAAAAAAACCUGGGGAAAAACUGCAUGCAAUAGUUAAAUAUUACCAGUAGGUGGUGCCAACUAGUCAGAAAACAUUCCUCUCAUUUGGUGCGUCUUGUCAUGACAAAAACCUCAAGUGCCUCUUCAUUAUUUUAUUACAAAUUGAUUUGUUAUGUGGGAAUUCAAUUUUUGUUUUCCUAAAUAGUAAUAUGAAAAGACUGAUGAAAUAAAGGGUAGGUUCACAUGUUUGAAAGCAAUAAUUGCAACGUAAUGGUUCCUCUUGUCUGUUCGAGUUGCCCAGAGAAUGCUAAAUGACGCGCGACUGCGAACAAAUGCAAUCUAAGUUGAGCCAUAACCAAUAUGAUGCUUUAAUAGCCAGAGAUAGUGUAAUUAUCUUAAUUAUUAUAUUAAUCCUUUCACUCUGUAGGUCACCUACAAACUGACAGCAGGUUUUCCCUUUAUCAGUCCGUGUACCUGCUGUGAAGGUGACUUGGUAAAUCUGAUCUCAGACUUCACUUUCUGUCACCUUAUCACGCUCGUUGUGAUGAGUGAGGGAGUCGGGUUAAAUCUAGACCAGUCAUGCUUGCAAUCCUGCAGAAGGGAAACGGCAUGGUACUUGAUGAGGGAAUGGUGACAGAAGCACUGCACUGAAGUAUGAAUCGUGGGAAAUAUGAUGUUUAAGAAUGUAAACAUUUAUGAUUUCAUUAUUAAUAAAUAUACCUCUGCAUUAAA